CAGGUAUCAAGGAUGCACCAUCAUGCAUCAGAUCUGAUCCGAGUCUGCCCUGGCGCUCACACGCGGCCUCGACCGUACACUCUCUCAGUCUGCUCCCGGUCUCCGACGGAUCUCAGUCAUGGACCUAGUGUCCACGAAGCACCGAUCAAAUAUCCCAAUAUCUGGGCCGAUUCGUCUCCACUUGAAUCUACAAACGCUCGCCCUCGUCCUGGAGCGAAGUCGAGUUGGUGGGCUCGGUGGCCAUGUCAAUGCGUGAAAGCAGGCGUGGAUUCUGGGAAGGUCAUUCGAGGGAAUUCGGGCUGCCCGACAACAGAGAAAUUGCUCAUCCCUCGUUUGUCAUCGCUAUCGAUCCGCUUUUGCCGAAGUCUGGCGCAGCCAUGGACUCGUGGUCAAGCCCUACGCCUUCGGCGAGAUGCCUCCACGCGGAACAAGUUUCCGAGGCGCUCAUUCUCGUCAGCACCGAGCCAACUGCUGUAGUCCCCGCGCGGCGAAUCCUCAGAGUCCUUCAGCCGCUGUAGUGCCUUGCCCUGAUGCUUCAACUCCCGAACGAGCUCAUCCUCCUCAUCCUCUCUUUUUUGGACGCCGAGUCACUAUGGAUCCUUCUGGGUGUCUGCACUCCACUGCACCGGCUGUGCCUGAUUCGUCUCAAAGAACUAUACCACGUCAAGCCUUCGGAACUCGAGUCGGGCCACUUCGUGCUGAACUACGCUAGCGAAUUCCGGCGUCUCUUCCUCAUCUCACGGGCACAGCCUGGCUGCAUCCGCAGGAUCACCGUCGUGUGCGGAG